AUGGGUGAAUCCAACGCGAAACAAUGGGCGUCUGCAGAGCCGGGCCAGCAAACACAGCUCCGCGAAGCACGCCGAAGCUCAUCUUGCGUGUCUGGGUUGUCGUCCGAGGAAAGUCAGGGUAAGAACCAGCGACAGCGGUUGUAUGCCACAGUGAUGCUGACGACGGGCAUCCGCAGUGCCAGCGUGAAGGAAAUGGGUGUCGGCGAUGAACGAAUCAAGGUGGUCGAGACCGAACUGUCUGCCCGGACGCAGAGCCCGUCCAGCAAGGACGGAGAGGUGGCGAUACAGAGUAUCGAGACGCAGAGCACCGGACGGGAGCAGGAUACCUAUCCCAUCAGCGAACCUGAAUUGCUCACUCCGGAAUCGCAACCAGCAUCGUCCAAGAGCCUCAUCGGCCAGCUGUGCGGCAGCCAGUGGCAAGUGAGCACCGACGAAAUCGGCCAGGUUCGAUUCUUUGGUCCGACAUCGAGUCUGCAUCUCAGCGAGGCCGCGAUGCCAGUCAUUUCCGACCCCUGCGAGUCCCACGGCAGAAUCCAGAUCCUAGAUGAUGUGCCCCUGGCGCUCCAGCAGCACCUGUUCCAUCUCUACUGGACAUUCCACCACUCGGUGUUGCCGAUCCUUCACAAGGAGGCCUUCCUGGCAGACAUGGAAGCCGGGCAGGGCAGGCAUUUUAGUCCGUGUCUUCUUUACUGGAUCUUCGUCUCGGCCGCCAGGAUCUCCAGCUGGCCUCAGGUCAGGGCGCUCGCGGUGCAGCAAGGGGACGGCGACAGUAACGAGGCGCAACCUGUUAUCCUGCGGCAGGCUACGUCGUUGCUGGAGCAGGAGAUGCUGAAUCCCGGUCUCACCACGGUCCAAUCCCUCCUCCUCUGCAGUUUGUUCCAUGGCUCCCGUUCCAAGGACACAAGGGCUUGGUUAACAUCAGGAAACGCAUGUCGCCUGGUCUUUGACCUGGGCUUGCAUAAAGACUUCCUUCUUCUACGGUCAGCGGGCCUGUCGCAAAGGGACUUGGACGCGAGACAAGUCGCCUUUUGGGGCUGUUUUAUGCUCGACAGGCUUUGGGCAGUAUAUCUCGGCCGGCCUCACGCCAUCAAACUGGACGACGUCACCAUGCCACGACCCAGUCAAGACAGUCCCUCGUGGAACAUGAAGAUUCUAUCCGCGUGGGUAGACCUCCUUGACAUACAGGGCCACGUGGCGGCGCGAUUAAACUCGACUCAGAGCUGCACCGACGACAUUGAGAUCCCGACGGAGCAACUGCACGAGUGGAAGCGGAAACUUGACCCUUCUCUGCGAUACACGGUCGAGGCACCGUCAUCUGUCUAUUGUCUCCACAUCCAAUACCAUUCGGUCAUGAUCAUUCUGCACCGACCUCACGCCGGGUUCGCCGUCGCCGAAGGCACCGCGACGGCCUCACAGAAACAGUCGCGCGAGAUCUGCGUGGGCCACGCGACGUGCAUCGCGCGCAUGCUCCAGGAGUACCGCGAGCACCACGGGCCGGGGUACACGAUGCUGGGGUCUGCCAUCUACGGGGUGACGACGGCGGCGACGACGCUGAUCGCCGACAGCGCCGAGGAGGAACAGCAGCGCGGCCCGACGUUCGCGCGCCAGCUGCUGUACCUACGCACCUGCCUCCGCACGCUCAAGGAGAUGGAGUACACGGAGAAGUCGAUGAAGCAGAUCCGCAAGCGGCUCGUCUCGGUCAUCACCAGCUGCAACCUGGACGCCGUGCCGCCCGAGGACGGCAUGCUCGAGGACGCCGUCGAUAGCUACAUCACCAGCACGACGCUGCUCAACAACGUCGACUUCCCGGCCCUGGACCACGACUGGAACGGUCUCGCCCUGUCGAAUGUCGCCAGCGCCAGCGCCAGCACCAGUGCCAACCCUUGCGGAGCCGCACAAUCCGGUCCUCCAGUCGACUUUGACAUGGACGAGUUUCUGAAGAUGACCACCCAGACCAAUCUGCCGUUCUCGUUCGAGUCCCUGUUUACCGAUCAAGAUGGGCGAUAG